CUCCCUCCCCUUCCGCGCGAGGGGUGUGUGCAGAUGUGGUUCAUUCCGGCCGGCGGCGCGCGGCGAGCGGCUCUCCCUCCUCCUCCCCUUUAAGGGCCUUCCUUCGCCUUGGAUUUUUUGCCCUCCGUCCGUCCGGCUCUGAGGAGGCCGUUGAGGCGUCUGGGCCGCGGGGGUGAUUCGGGGCCGGCGUUGGGAAGGCAGCGAGGAUGUCCGGAGGCUGGGGCCGGGAGAUGAUGGACUACGGAGGCGGGGGAGGAGGCCCCGGGGGCUCCGGCGGAGGCCGCGGCGGAGGCGGGAUGGGCACCGGCGACGGGCGCAUUUACGUGGGGAACCUUCCGGCCAACGUGCGCGAGAAGGACCUGGAGGAGCUCUUCUACAAGUACGGACGCAUCCGGGACAUCGAGCUCAAGAGCAAGCGCGGCCUAGUGCCCUUCGCCUUCGUGCGCUUCGAGGACCCGCGAGAUGCGGAGGAUGCAGUUUAUGGGAGGAAUGGUUACGAUUAUGGCCAGUGCCGCCUGCGUGUUGAGUUCCCCAAGCCUUCCCGAGGCCGGGGUGGUUUUGGUGGGGGGCCUCGGGGGAGGAAUGGCCCUCCGUCACGGCGCUCCGAAUUCCGAGUCCUGGUUUCAGGGCUUCCUCCAUCAGGCAGCUGGCAGGACCUGAAAGAUCACAUGCGCGAAGCUGGUGAUGUAUGUUAUGCCGAUGUACAGAAAGAUGGCAUGGGGGUGGUUGAGUUUCUCCGCAAGGAAGACAUGGAAUACGCACUGCGUAAACUGGAUGACACCAAAUUCCGCUCUCAUGAGGGUGAGACGUCCUAUAUCAGAGUUUGUCCCGAACGAAGCAUCAGCUAUGGCUACUCGCGCUCCCGUUCUGGUUCGAGGAGUCGCGAUUCUCCCUACCAAAGCAGGGGAUCGCCACGCUACUCUUCUCCCUUCAGGCCCUUCUGAGUUACCCAACAGAGACUUCUUCAAAUGUGAACUGAGCUCUUUAUUUCCGCUCAGAGUUUACAUUCCAAAAUGGAUGGAUAUAGUCUUUCAUAGGAAGCCUUGUUUUUUCUCCCUUUCUAUUCAAAUCUUUUUUUUAUGACUUAACCGUUUUUACUAGGGAAGUAUUGGUAAUGGAUCCUAUCAACCAUUGCCACUUUACACUUUUGGUUUGGAAAAUGUACAUUGUUUUUUGUUUCUCCUUCUGAAUGCUGGGAGGUGAGCUUGACAGCUAGUGCGCAGGUGUGGCUUGUCUGCAGGAAGAUGCUUUCAAACAGUGGGGAACCUGUAUGGCUCAACCUGUGUUGGUGUCCUGAAAUAUGCUUCAAUGUUUCUGUAACUCAGAUGUGUUUGGGGGGUGUCUUUCUGUGUAGCGAUUGGGAGCCUGGUGUGAACAGCUGGACCUGGAUUUUAAACUGCUUAUUAUUACUGGGGGAAGAAGUCUUUUAACCUUUUGUGUGACAGUCGUGGUGGAAGCACAGAAGAAAUUUUAACUCCUAAAAGCCCCAUGCAAUUCUUCAACAACAGUCUGUGUCCAUCAUUUCAUGAGCAAAUGCCCAUGAAAGGUUUGAAUGGUAACGGAAGGAACUGCCGAGGAAGGACUGGCAGAAAUUGGUGGCGGCCUUCUGUGUCUCUCAAAAUGUGUCCUCUAGAAACAUUGGCUCAAGUUCUGCUUCAGUUCUCCACCGCUUGAAACAUCCGUUUGGCCUUAUAGUGGAUUUGUAAACUGACAUCCCAGACAUGAAGGGGGUUGCUGAGACUUUCUUAACAACCUGGUUGCAUACCAUAGUCCCAAUGGAGCACCGUACAAGAAUUGGCUUUGGCUUUGAAUAUGGGCAUGGCUGCAGGGACAUGACCUCAUUGAAGACACAGACGACGACUGACAGGCUAAAGUGCAUGUUUGUGUUGAGCAGUUCAGCUAGUGUUGUGUUGGAAGUGUAGUCCUAAGAAUGUGAACUCUUUCGUUUGUUCCCAAGCGUUGCCCUCAAUAUCCAAUAAAAUCUCUACCAUACAUUUUGCGAGCUUGAUAGUAGGUUUAUGUCGGGGGGCCAGAAUCCUGUUGGUGACUUUUGCUGGUAGAAACCCCAGUUAGGCCCCGGUAAAGACUGUGAGGGGCAUGCUAUGGCUUUUACUGUAUAGCCAAGGACCAAAGAGUAGUCUCAAGCCAACAGCGUAGCUACUCUGGUGGCCAAAUAGCAUCAUAGCCACAAAUAUACAUGUUUUUCUUCCAGAUCUCAGCUAGGCUGAAAGCUUCCCUCCAGUCUGUCAGGCCAAGGAAGGGCAGUCUCCAACGCACAGACGUCUUCCGCAGCCCAUUCCACAAGAACUCCUUAGAAAAAGAGCCCACCGCCACUUUUCAAUCACAGAAGGUCGGAAGCAGUUUCCUCCCGCCCCAGUUGCUGUCUUUCUCUGCUGAAGUGGGUGAGACAGGCAGUGGGUCAGAUCAGAACAGAAACCAAUCAAUUCUGUUCUCCAAUGGCCUUCCGUCCAAGCUAGCGUUGCCUGGCGUUUAUUCCUAAGGGGCAAAAGUCUUCCAGCAUUAUUGGAUCUUCCUUUUUAAAAGGCCAACACUAUUUUUGCCUUGAUCCCUGAUUUGGGGGCUCCCAGUUAGGAGUAAGCCAUCAUUCCAAAUGCCUUUUUUAAAAAAGUCAUUUGAGGGAAUCCAUCCGAACCUUGCGUCUCCUUGAGCAGAGAUUUUUUUAAAUUACUUAUGUUCACAAAGGGCCGUUCUGGCAAAUAAAAGGCUACAGCAUUUGUGGGAUCAGAGCUGGCAUUCGAGGAGUCCUAGAUAUGUUUAUAAAAGGUUCUUUCUAGAAGAAAUUUGAAAGUGAUAUGUAAUAUUAGGAGGGACUUCAAUGGAAUUAUGGAUAGAAAACCAUGGGCAGGGCCUAGGUAGUCAAGAGGGCUACAUCCCAUCAAGAAAGGCACCUGCUGUGAGGAUCAAACAUCUGAUAAUAAGCGUUUAUCCAAAGGUGCAUCACCUUUUAUUUUAAUCUCAUUUUAACUGAAGGAAGGAGUGGGUCAAGGUUACUACAGUAGUAGUAUGCCUUGAGAUGAAAUAUCCCCCAACCCGCUCCUCACUUUAGGCGUUUCCUAGCCACCAACAGGAUUCUGCCCAUUGUGUUUUAGUGUGUACCCAAAAGCUGUUUGCUCUUUCCUGUUAAGGUUGCAAACGUAUGGAUGCAAGCGUUAUUGAUGUCAGUGGGACUUCUGUGCAAAUGUACACAUUGGACCAGGCUGCAUGUGUUGUACCUAAAGUUUAAUAAAAUGGAGGAAAUGGCUUUCAAUUUCACAAAGUGUUUCCUAUAUACGUUUCUACAGCAGAGUGCUACUGACCUUCCUAUUCUGAAAUAGAUUGCCUAUUCAAACUGUUGAAAUACAGAUUGUUUAGUAAACAGCAGCUCUAUAGUUUUUAUACAGAGCUGACCGAGCAUUGAUAAUUCACUUUUAACAGUUUUUCCCCAGUUACUUUGCGAUUCCUUGUCUUUGUGGUAUUUUGACAUGGAGUGUUUCUGUUUGUGUAUUAAAAAAUAUUGGCUUCUUUUAA